CUUUGAAGCUAGUGUGAGAAGCAGGCAAGCAGCCGCAGCAGACUCCAUUGCCAGGUCAGCAUGUCUCACAGGAAGUUCGAGCAUCCAAGGCAUGGGUCCCUUGGAUUUCUUCCUAGGAAGCGAGCUUCUCGUCACAGAGGAAAAGUGAAGGCUUUCCCAAAGGAUGACCCAACCAAGCCCUGCAAGCUCACAGCUUUCCUGGGUUACAAGGCUGGGAUGACACACAUUGUCAGGGAGGUCGAGAAACCAGGAUCUAAACUUCACAAGAAGGAGACUUGUGAAGCUGUUACCAUUAUUGAAACUCCUCCAAUGGUGAUUGUUGGAGUUGUUGGAUAUGUGAAGACACCACGUGGCCUUCGUUCCUUGAACACUGUCUGGGCUCAGCAUCUGAGUGAGGAGGUGAAAAGAAGGUUUUACAAGAACUGGUGCAAAUCCAAGAAGAAGGCCUUCACCAAAUACUCAAAGCAGUAUGAGAGUGAUGAAGGGAAGAAGAGCAUCCAAGCUCAGCUGGAGAAGAUGAAGAAAUAUGCAACUGUUAUUAGGGUUUUGGCCCACACUCAGAUUAGGAAGAUGAAGGGAUUAAAACAAAAGAAAGCCCACUUGAUGGAAAUCCAGGUUAAUGGUGGCACCAUUGCAGACAAAGUUGACUUUGCAUACAAAUUCUUUGAGAAGCAAGUCCCCAUUGAUGCAGUCUUCCAGAAGGAUGAAAUGAUUGAUAUCAUUGGUGUCACAAAGGGUAAAGGUUAUGAAGGUGUUGUCACUCGUUGGGGUGUCACACGCCUUCCCCGCAAGACCCACAGGGGUCUGCGUAAGGUGGCUUGUAUUGGUGCCUGGCAUCCUGCCAGAGUCUCAUUUACUGUUGCCAGGGCUGGUCAGAAUGGAUACCAUCACAGGACUGAGAUGAACAAGAAGGUAUACAAGAUUGGCAAGGCUGGGGAGGAGUCUCACACGGCUAUUACUGAAUAUGACAGGACUGAGAAAGAUGUCACUCCAAUGGGUGGCUUCCCUCACUAUGGUGUGGUGAAGGAUGAUUAUUUAAUGAUCAAAGGAUGCUGUGUUGGACCAAAGAAGAGGGUCGUCACUCUUCGCCAGUCGCUGCUUAACCAGACAUCUCGUGUGGCUCUGGAGGAGAUCAAACUCAAGUUUAUUGAUACAUCUUCCAAAUUUGGGCAUGGUCGCUUCCAGACAACCCAGGAGAAACAGAAGUUCUUUGGACGCCUUAAGGCAUAAUUUUGAACACUUGGUGCAAGUCUUUGGUCAUCAGUCAAUUAAGUUAUGUCUUACAAUAUGCCUUAGAUGGAACACAUGGACCCUAUCGAUUCAUGAUAUGUCUUGUGUCUUGGUAAUCAGAACAAAUUUUGGAUGAUUUGUUUCGAGAUUUAUUUCUUUUUAUUGGUUGGAACAAAUUUUGGUGGAGUACUAUUCUGAAAUGGUCUAGGUUUAUUGAAUGUGCUAUGCUGCUAAUAUUAUUUGUUCAUUUGCAGAAUGUUGAUUUGUUGAUUUUCAUUUCCAUGUUCCAGAACAAUCUCUACUAACAAUAAAUUGUGUAAGUUUAG